AUGCUCUGCCCCCUGCCAGACCCCGAGCCGCUGCAGCAGCUGCUCGCUGAGAAGCUCGCCCUCCCUCCCUCAGCCUUCGAGCGCCUCUGGCCCUCCGUCGCGGCCCCCUGGGCGGACGCAGCUGCGCGCGACCCGCGCGCCGCGUGCGGCGAGCUGGCGGCCGGCCUGGACGCGCUGCUAUGCGUUCUCACGCCGCACGAGGCCGGGAGGCUCUUGCAGGCGCAGCCCGCGCUCCUCGUGGCGCCGCUCGCGUCCUGGUGUGGCUUUUUCGACGCCAUGAGCUUCAGCCGCGCGGAGCAGAAGGCGAUGAUCACUCAGUGCCCGGAGUUGAUGGUGCGCGGCACAGUCGCCAACGCCGGCCUUGUGAUCCGCCACCUGCGCGAGCUCGGCUUUGAGGAGGACGCCGUGCGCCACAGGGUUGUGGCGUGGUGCCCCCAGGUGCUCGCGAUGCCACAGCAGCAGCAGCAGCAGCAGCAGCAGCUGAGCUGUAGCAAGAUUGGACCCUCCACAUCACCAAGCGUGGGUGUGCUCUCGCGUGGUGGCGCGGGCGCCAAGGCUUCCCAGGCACACCCCGUCGCGGCCGCCGCCGCCAAGCGCAACAAGCCGCAGCAGAAGAAGCAGCGAAAGCCCAAGGGCCAGCAGCAGCGCUUCAACCUGGAUUAUGGAGAUGACGAGGAGUGGGAAGAUGACGUGGGCACCUCGACACUCACGCCUCGCGUGCCAGUGGCGCCCUCGCCAUCUGUGCGCCGGCCAGAGCUGCCCCCUCGGCCGGAGGACAUCUACCCCGUGUUUUCGAGCGACCCUGCAGUGACCAAACUGGACGACCGCAGCAGGAAGUGGACCUGGGGCGACGACCGGGACGGCCGCGGCGGAAGCGGCAGCGGCAGCAGCGCCGACGAGCCGCCUGCAGCCACGUGGAACCCGCGCACCGGGUUCAUGAAGACGCGGGCGCAGGUGGAGGCAGAGCAGCGCGCGGCGGCAGCGGCGGCGGCGACGGCCGCGAGCACGGCGGCCGGCGCAGGGACGGGCAGCGGCGCCAGCAGCAGUCGCAGCGGGGGCGGCCCUGAGCCGCAGGCGCCGGCGCACGCCAGCGCCGCGGCGGCGGCGGCCGGCGCGGCCGCAGCGCCGCUCGCGCCUGUGGGCAAAGGACAGGUCCUGGGGUCUUGCAUCGGCACGACCGCAGCACUGGGUGUCCUGGCUUUCAUAAUACGUGCCUACGCCGCCCAGAGCGCGUCCAGUGUGCUAGGGACGGACCCAGACCUGCUUGCCCGCCUGCUGCAGCUGCCGCCGGGCCUCGGGUCGGCGGAAGACGUGGCCGUCAUGCUGGCCGCCGCCGCCGCCGUCACAGGGGCGCGGUUGUUGCUGCUGGAGAGGUGGGACGACCUGCGGGCCGCGACCGACCGGUCGAACCGGCAGGUGCUCGCGCCCCUGAACUGGGGGGAUGUGGCGGUUGUGGCCCUGCUGUCGGGGACGUCCGAGGAGCUGCUGUUCCGGGGCGCCCUGAUUCCCGCCAGCUUCCCUGACUGGCGCGGCGUGCUGCUGUCGGCGGCGCUGUUCGGGGCGCUGCACAACAGCGGCGGCCGGAACGCGGCCUUCGCGGCGUGGGCGGGUGCAGUGGGGGCGCUGUACGGCGCGGCCUACCUCUACACAGAAAACAUCUGGGUGGCUGCGGGCGCCCAUUGCCUCGCUAACUUUGCGUCAGCUGCCAUUUGGAUCGGCCAAAACGGCGGGGUCGGGCGCAUCAGCAGCGACACGGGCGCCAAGGGCUGA